AUGUUGGACGGAACCAUACCACCUUCUCUGGGUAACUGCCAAGAGGUUGGCAACUUGGAAAAUCUAGCUGAAUUCGAUGCCUCUGAAAAUCUACUGUCAGGUGAACUUCCUGAAACCUUGGGCAGUUGUAGUAGCCUCGAAAGCCUUUCCCUUGCAGAACUUGCAAUAAAGACCUUGAAUUUGUCCUUCAAUGAUUUUGUGGGUGAGGUACCAACAAAAGGUGUUUUUGCAAAUGCUAGUGCUAUAUCAGUCGUUGGGAACAGAAGACUUUGUGGAGGCAUUUUCCAACUACAGCUACCAAACUGCCGCAUCCUGAGAGACUCAAAGAAACAUAAGAAGCCUCUCAGAGUCAUCAUACCCAUAAUAAUUCCAACCAGCAUUGUUUUCCUUGGAGUAAUCCUGAUCUCAAUUUUCCGACAGCGCUCGUUGAAAAAGAGAAGCUAUGAAACAUGCUUAUCGGGUGGAUUAUUCCUGAAACUCAACUACAAACAACUCUUACAAGCAACCAAUGGUUUCUCUGCAGAGAAUCUAGUUGGAGUUGGGAGUUUUGGCUCAGUGUAUAAAGGCAACCUGAAUGAAGAAAGAAACUUAACUGUGGCAGUUAAAGUAUUUAAUCUUCUCCACCACGGAGCCUUCAAGAGCUUUUGUGCUGAGUGUGAAGUAUUGAGAAACAUUCAGCAUCGAAACCUUGUAAAGAUCAUAACUUCAUGCUCGAGCCUAGAUUUCCAGGGGAAUGAAUUUAAGGCUUUAGUCUACGAAUUCAUGCCCAAUGGCAGUCUAGAUAACUGGUUGCAUUCGUGGGAAGAAGAUCAGCAGAAGAAAUCUCGUAGACCAAACCUUCUUCAAAGAAUUAAUGUUGCUAUUGAUGUGGCUUGUGCCCUUGAUUACCUACAUCACCAUUGCCACGCAGAGAUUGUUCACUGCGAUCUCAAACCAGGCAAUAUUCUCCUUGACAAUGAUCUCACAGCUCAUGUUGGAGAUUUUGGGCUAGCCAAAUUUCUUCAAUCACCUCUUAAUUUACAGGAGAGCAGCAGCGCUGGAAUUAGAGGAACCAUAGGAUAUGUGGCUCCAGAGUAUGGCUUAGGUGCUGAGGUAUCAACUUAUGGAGAUGUCUACAGCUUUGGGAUUCUACUGCUGGAGAUGGUGACAGGGAAGAGACCUACGCAUGCUUUGUUCAGCGAAGGCCUUGAUCUUCACAAGUUUGUUGAAAUGGCAGUCCCAGACCGCGUGAUGGACAUCGUGGAUCCCAUACUUCUGCAUAAUGACCACGAAGCUCUAGCGAACAUGGCUGAAGUUUUUUCUUCUUUGAAAUCCAUCAAGGAUACUUUUAGCAUGGCAGGACUCUGAAACAGCUGCUAUAAACACUAGUCCUUCAAUAAGUUGGAUCAUGUGCACAUUUAGACAAUGCGGGCUCUAAUCAUUUGUGACUUCUUGGUAACAAUAUUUUGAAUCAUUCUCUCUUGAGGCAUUCAUUUGAAUCAUUUGA